AUGGCUCAAGCCAUCGAAGCUAUGCAACCCCUCAACGAAGGCGUGUGUGAGAACCUGCUUAGCCUUGCACAGCGCGAAGUCACAACGCACUUUCGCCAGCUCGACGCAUUUCCCGGCUUGAUUGGGCCAGGGGAAGCCGAGAUCCUGCGAUCCUUACGAGCCCUGAAGGGAAUGUGGGCCAAGCCAAGCAACGAGCCCAUCGCACCCGGGGCCUGGCCAUACCAGAUCAAUGGAUGUCCCGCUUGUAUUAUGGCGCGCAUUGGUUCCGACAAGGCCGCGGUUCAAAACUUGCAAGUGGUUUUGCGAAGUCGCACUCGCACGCGCACGGAGCAUCGCCCUUGCAGACUUACGCGAUUCAUUAAUGCGUGCAUCGACCACUUUGGCCAGAGGCAAGCCACCGAGAUUCAUGAACUUGCUGGCCUGUGGGCAUCUGAAAUGAAGGCCACUCGGAAGCGUUGUGUCAAACGCUGGAUGCACGACCCUGCCCACAGGGCGGCGGAGGAAACGAGACGAAUGCGCCAUCGUCAUCACCGUGGUAAGCAACCUAGCGGCAGCUCCUUGAAGAAGGCAAACAAGGGCAUCGAUGAACGAUCAAAAGGGUCGUCAUAUGGGCAGCAACCAAGUAUCGUGUUCACAGAUGUUUCUGUAAACGAAUCGUCUGGCAGAACGAAUGGCGAAUCUACCCCUCUGCGGACACUCGGAUCAGCGGUGCCGCAGCCCCGAGAGCCUGUCCGAGAACAGAGCAGGUGGUCAAAAUCUGAAAAAGCCCUCAUGUAUGAAAGGUUGGCGCAUGCCAACCCAUACUCCCGACAUACGCCGGUUGACGAGGCCAUGAUUGAGCCACUCUCGAUGGUUACGCCACGCCGAUCUAGAGACAGUAUCUGUACAACGUUUGAGGGACUUGCUCGCGGCUUCGAGUAUGACGAUACGAGCUAUAGAAGUCGCCGAGGCUCGGUUCUCAGGAACGAGCUUGGACACAAUAUACCGUUGUUACCUCUGCCGGGGCACAAGAAUGGACCAAUAGAGCCGGACUCGGUGCAGAUCAUGGUGGGCUACCGACCGACCUCGUCUGACUAUUCCAGCGGCAUGUGGACGGAUGAUUCAUGCGGAUCAGACUGGAGGGCGGCGCGGGUGUUCAGGAACGUCUCUCCAGCGGCCGAGGCAACAAGCUGGGAUCUGCUUUGCGAUCACCACAAUUUCAUUUGA